UGAGGGUAAAACCCUUAGCUUAGAUGUUCUCAUUAUGCUACUACACUUCAAACAAAGUGACCAGAUGACCAAACUGACAUACAUGAGAUGCAAAUGGUGGAGUUGCUCGCAGGAUUUAUGAAGAUUCGGACGCUGAUCUACAGCUGCAGGGCUUCUAUGAUGAAGUUGCCGUCCCUCUCCUCACUGAUAUUCAACUUAAAUACACAGGAGGGACAAACCUUACCAAGACCAGCUUUAACCUGUACUUCAACGGCUCUGAGAUUGUGGUUUCAGGACAAAUCACAGACAACAGUGUGGAGAGUUUCAGCACUGAAGUCAUUGCAGUAUCAAAAGGCAAUAAUGUGACGUAUCAGGACACUGUAAUGAUAAAAGACCCCAGUGAUGUCCCACCUGAGAAUGAAGAUUUCAUGCAGAGACUGUGGGCCUACCUUACAGUGAAGCAACUUCUGGAAAGGCAGGUGCUUCUUCAAGGACAAGAGAAAGAGGAUGAAGAGAAAGAAGCUCUCAAACUCUCUCUGAAAUACCAGUUUGUCACCCCCCUCACCUCUAUGGUCGUCACUAAGCCACAGAAGGAUGAAGUGGAAGUUGCCGACAAACCCAAAGAGGGAGGAGAGGAUCCCAGACCUCCAGCGUGUCUCCUUCCCUCUGUGUGCCUCGUCUACUGUGUGGGUGUGCUCCAGUCUGCUCCAGUCACCUCCAGCGAUCUCCAAGCUCCAGCGUGUUCAUACAUCUCCAUAUCUGAAAGGAAAAGGACAGUAACUAUCUCCAUUAUUAUCAUCUAAUCAUUCAUUGACUCUACACUGCUUACCUGUUUCAUGCUCCGUGCUCUACUGGUGUCAAUAAACACAAGUUGCCUGUUUA